AGUAUAUAUAUAUAUAUUAUCAAUUUAAAAAUCAUUAAAAUAAAUUAUUUUAUUUUUAUGAAAUAUUUAAUAAUUAGCUAAAUAUUAAUUUUUAAUAUAUGAUAAACUUUUUUAAAUAAUUUUCUGCACUAUCUAUUACUGAAUUAAUUUUUUUCUUAAACUCACAUAUUAUGAAUACAUUAUUUAUUAACCGUCUAUAGAUAUUUUACUUGAUUAAAAUUUAACAAUAUGAAUUUUUGUAAUUUAAAAAAAAUACUUUAAGGAUUAUAUUAUACAUUUUUUAGAACAAACAUAACUAUUAUCAUUAUUAUAGAUUAGCUCUUCCCAACACCAAUUUGUUUUGAGAUGUUUUGAAAAAAAAAAGAAUCUAACACCUUCCAAAAUUUUACACUCAGAAACUUCUACAGGGAUAACACAUAAAAGAAAAAGAGGGCGUCCUAACUAAUUGCUAACGAUUGCUUCGUUGCAAGCCCUAAUCACCUAUCAGAACACUCAUGAAAAUCGAUGAGCAAUGACAUACUUCACAAGAGACAGAGGAUCUUAGGUCACACAAAUCUGGAACUGGAUGAUGAGACCCUUGAGCAAUACACGUUAAUCGAAGUGGAAAAUUUGAUGCGCUUGCAUGACCGCUCAUUAAGUGAUAUUAAAGAGAUGCCAAAGAUAAGAUCUGUUUUGCUAAAAGAAUUGGGGAACAGUUUGUGGAACCAAGAAAUGGAUUACGAUGUUGCCGAAGAAACACUAAGACAUGAGAGGCAAUACAACUUACUCAAUGCCGAGCAGCGUGCGAUUUACAAAUCAGUCUUGGACUCUGUUGAAAAAAGGAUGAAAAAUUAUUCUUUGUAUAUGGCGCAUGUUGUACAGGAAAAACAUUCCUAUACCAAACCAUUAUAUCCAGACUUCGCUCGAGAAAACAAAUCGUUCUCCCGGUUGCUUCUUUAGGAAUAGCCGCAAUGCUACUACCAAACAGGAGAACAGCUCAUUCUCGCUUUAAUAUUCCUUUGAAGCUCGACAAAGAUAAAUUCUGCAACAUCAAACCAGGAACAAUGCUGGCUGAACUAAUUGAAAAAACGGACCUCAUAAUCUGGGAUGAGACACCUAUGACACACAAGCAUGCUUUCGAAGCACUAGACAAAACUUUGAAGGACAUAAUGUCUAUGAAAAUUUCACCCGCAAAGGAUCAAACUUUUGGCGGCAAAACAGUUUUGUUAGGUGGUGAUUUUAGACAGAUCCUACCAGUAAUUCCACAAGGCAGUAGAGCUGAUACUGUCCUAGCUUCGAUAAGUCAUUCAUAUCUAUGGAAUAGCUGCCACAAUUUUUCUUUAAAAACAAAUGUGCGAGUCAGUCAGGACGAGAAAGAGUUCUCUGAGUGGCUUCUCAAAGUCGGAGAAGGUCGUCCAGAAUUAGGACAAGAAGAUGAGGAUGAUGCCUACCAUGACCAAAUGAUAAUCGUCGACAAUUCAUUGGUCCAAGAGACUAAGGAUGAGUCAUUAAAACAAGUUCUCGAUGCUGCGUUUGGUGAUGUCAACAAAAUAAAGGCCUCCCAAAGUUCCUACACUGAUAAAGCUAUACUUACACCAAGAAAUGAUACAAUCGAUGAAAUAAAUGCAUAUACAAUCUCCAAAACCGACAGGAGUCAAGAGACUACUACAGUUAUGAUAGCUUUGAGGUUUCGGAAACUCAAUCUAAUCAAAAUGAUAGUUUAUACGCGAUUGAGUAUCUCAAUUCCAUGGAGUUUCCAGGAUUGCCUUCUCAUAAACUCACUCUCAAAGUUGGGGCCCCGAUUAUGCUUCUGCGAAACAUAA